AUGGGUGCGCCAUUACAUCUUUUGUCUGGGUUGACGUGCCUUAUUGAUCUCUCACAGUUCGAUCUUUGCGAUUCCAGACGGCACUUUGCCAACAUUGUGCCCCCUCGAGCAGCAUCUUGUCCGACCCUUCUUAAUGCUAUCUUCGCCUUAUCCUCCAGACAUCUCAGCCUCAACGCACAAUAUGACCCUUACGCCUCCGAUCGGUACCAUCAAGCAUGUCUCAGGCACUUGGCAACAAUCUCAAACGACUCCUCCGCCCUGAACGACGACAAUCUACUGGCAGCGACUAUUCUUCUACGCACUCUCGAGGAACUCGACGUGCCCCUUAUAGGCACUGAUCACGAAGGUCAUCUGUUAGGAAUACAGCUAUUUAUGAACACUUGUGACUCUACAACGACCCCGAGCAGCCUUCGUUUAGCCUCGUUCUGGAUUGGCAUGAGGCAAGAGGUAACGAUGAGCUUUGCGAGUCAACGGCCUGUAAAAAUCAGGCUCGACCACGGAUUCAUGGACCGGUCCCUCUCUGAAGCCGAUGAUGAUACAUGGGCAAACCGCAUUAUUGUCCACAGCGCAGAUGUCAUAAAUUACUGCUUUGGAAAUAACGGUCCAAACAGACACCACUAUCAAAAACUAGUUGACUAUGACCAAGCUUGGCUACGAGCCCGGCCGGUGUCCUGGCUGCCUGUUGCCUAUAGUGCUUCUGACGAGGCCUUGGGCGAGGCUUUUCCACACAUCAUUUAUCUAAACCACGCCGUCGUUAUAGGCCAAGUCCAUAGCAUAUUUGCUCGUAUUCUCCUCAUGUGCCAUGAUGACCGAGUACCACGAAUUGGACCAUCGGCUCAGCUAGCUCGGAAGCAAAUCGACGACGAUAUCCGGACCCAAAUCCGAGAACUUUGCGGGAUAGCUCUCUCAAAUCCCUCCACAAGACCCGCCACCUUCACAGCCUGCAUGGGAGUGACGGCGUGUGGCGAUCGAUUCACCGAGAGACGGGAACAAGAAGCGUUACUGGAUGUAUUGAUGCUGACCCAGAAUACUCAUUCGUGGCCCACUGCAUCAGCACAAGACCAUUUAAAGAGAGCAUGGGGCUGGGUGGAUUCUUGA